AUGGAGGCGGCGGGGGAGCGGCGGAGGCGGCGGCGGGAGGCGGCGGUGAAGGCCGAGCGGGGCAGCCCCCGCCGCUCCGCAUCUCGCUCGGCGCGGGGCAGUCAAUCACCGCCGGCCCCCGAGGAGCGGCGGGGCCCGGGCAGCCGCGGCCGGAGCAGCAGAUCGCCCAAGAGGAAGAGCAAGGCCGGGCGGAGGAGCCGCUCCCCGCGGGGCCGGAGGAGCCGCAGCCCCCACCACGCCGGGGUGAAGGUGAAGCAGGAACGAGAGGAUCACUGUCGUAGAGGAAACGAGGAGCGAAAGCAGAGACAUCCAUCAGAACAAGAGCACAGGAGGGAGAGAAGCGGUGACAGAGACAGACACAGAGACCACUCGGACAGGAGGAAGAAUCCCAGUGACAGGGCUGGAGCCCGGGGCCACGAGCGGGAGAGGGAAGCUCAGAACCUCCGUGAGCAGCAAGCAGAGAGGGAGUUUUAUAACGAGAGAAGACGAGAGCAUCGCCAGAACGCCGAGAGCAGCGGUGCCGAGCAGAACCCAGAACUCAGGCAAGCCGAUAACAAACCUAAAGAUAAAGCUGCUGCCAACAAAGAGAAGCCGAGCUUUGAACUGUCAGGUGCGCUGCUGGAGGACACCAACACCUUCAGGGGGGUUGUGAUUAAGUACAGCGAGCCCCCCGAGGCGCGGAUCCCCAAGAAGCGCUGGCGCCUCUACCCCUUCAAGAACGACGAGUUCCUGCCGGUGAUGUACAUCCACAGGCAGAGUGCUUACCUCCUGGGGCGGCACCGCCGCAUCGCUGACAUCCCUAUCGAUCACCCCUCCUGCUCCAAGCAGCACGCUGUCUUCCAGUACCGGCUGGUGGAGUACACCCGUGCAGAUGGGACGGUUGGCCGAAGGGUGAGACCCUACAUCAUCGACCUGGGCUCCGGGAACGGAACCUUCCUCAACAACCAGCGCAUCGAGCCCCAGCGCUACUACGAACUGAAGGAGAAGGAUGUGCUGAAGUUUGGGUUCAGCAGCAGGGAGUAUGUCCUUCUCCACGAAUCCUCAGAUAAAUCUGAGGCCAACACAAAGGACGAUGACGAUGAGGAGGAGAAGGAGGAAGAGUCUGACAGUUAACGGAUGAGGAGGAAGUCGAGGAGGGAUGGGGGGGGGAGGAGAGAAAUUCCGUGCAGUUGACCAGGAGUUGGGGUGUAAAACGUGGGAGUGUCACAGCACUGAUGCCUCUUACUGCCUUAAAGUCCUUUUUCUGUUGCUGAUCUGUUCUCAUAGUUUAUGUUGGGGUACUUCAUGGAUUACUCAUCUUUGAUAUGUACCAGGCAAUGCAGCUGUUUCCCUGACACACACUUUUUUCCCCCAGCAAGUAAAGGAUGUGAAAGCUCUGAUGAUAGAACUACUCGGUGCUGGAAGACUGGCAUAUCUAUAAUUAUUUUUAUUAACUGUUUUGUCGUGGCCCUUUGAAAAUGCUACAUAACUGAAAUACUAGUCAGAAAGUGACCUGAUGCAUUUGGCAACACCUCUGGUUUGGCAGGGUUUCACAUUCCUUUGUGUGGUGGGGGUUCUGAGCUGGAGGUUUGACAGGCAGGAGUGCUGCCCAGACCCCUUGGUACCAGGAGGGUUUGGGAAGGUCCUUUGCCUCGUGCUGACUUCCAGGGACAGGCAUUUUGCUGGAACACACGACCUGAAAAUUAAAAGUAAUUUGAAAUGGAAGUAAAGCUCUCCCUGGGGUUUGAGGUGACGAUGCUGGAACUGCUGAGUUUCCUGUUCCCAGCCCUGUUUACUGAAUAACUCCUGCUUGAUUUUCUUUGUAUUACCUGAGUACUUUUUAUGUCUUGACAUGUGUUAACCAGACUUUGCACUAUUUAAGUUGUUGGGGUUUUUUAUAAAAAGUUAAAACAAGUCCUUUUGUUUAAAAUAGUCAUCUCCCCUAUAAAAGAAAACAAUGCUUUAGCAAGAGAAAAAGCAAUUCCCCUCGCUGAAAGUACUCUCAUCUUGUGUAUUUUUUGGUGUUUUCUCCCCAUUGUUUGUUUUCUGGUGUAAGAAAUGUGUAUUUUCCACCCUGUUUUCUACCUGGGGAUGUUUGUCCUCUGGUGACAAUCCCUGCUGUGCACAUACACUGUGUAUCCAGGUGUUGGGUGUUGUAUACACGGGACAGAACAUCUGUGAUGUAAAUACAGGGCACAGCUGGAGGUUUUCAGAGAGGCAGAAUGAGUUUUGGCUGGGAGGUUCUCCUUUAUAUAUACUCUAGGGGUUUUUAAAUAAAGAAUUUGUAAAUUUAGCCCUAA